GGUUGAUGGGGGGGUGGGGGGGCGCGGAGAGCGGGGUUCCAGUCCGCCCGCCGGGAAGCCAGGAAGGGCCGAACCCCGACCGCGAUGCCUCGGCCUUCUUGCCCCCGUCGUUCCGGGGAGCCGCCCCUGCCAACCCCCUGGGAAGCUGCCACGCUGGCCGGCUUGGCCCGGGAGCUGAGAAGCCGGCAGGACGAGGCCAUGAAGACCCUCUUGCUGGCGCUCCUUGGGGUGGCUUCCCUCUUGCAGCUCACCCUCUCCCUGAGAAUCGGCGCUUUCAACAUCAGGGCUUUUGGGGACAAAAAGCUCUCCAACCAGACCAUCUCCAGCUCCAUUGUCAGAAUCCUGACAGCCUACGACCUUGCCCUGAUCCAGGAAGUCCGAGAUACCGACCUGAGUGCGGUCAAGAAGCUGAUGCAGCUAAUCAAUGGGGCAUUGCCAGAUCCCUUCGGCUACCUGAUCAGCAAACCACUGGGGCGCAACAGCUAUAAGGAGCGGUACCUCUUCAUUUACAGGCAGGACAGAGUCUCUCCAGUGGACAGCUACUAUUACGACGACGGCUGUGAGCCCUGUGGCAACGACGCCUUCAGCAGGGAGCCCUUCAUUGUCAAAUUUGCUGUCUCUCAAGCAGCGGUGGAAGAGCUGGUCCUGGUGCCCCUACAUGCAGCGCCCGAAGCCGCAGUGACAGAGAUCGACUCUCUCUAUGACGUCUACCAGGAUGUGAAAGACAGGUGGGGGACCACGGACGUCCUCCUCCUGGGAGACUUCAACGCUGGCUGUAAUUACGUCCGGGCAGAGGACUGGCCCUCCAUCCGCCUGCGUUCCAGCAAGGACUUCCAGUGGCUCAUCCCAGACACGGCAGAUACCACGGUGACCAACACCAUCUGUGCCUAUGACAGAAUUGUGGCAGUGGGUUCAAAGCUGGGAGAGAGCAUCCUGCCUGCAACAGCGCAAGUGGACAACUUCCAGAAGACCCUGAAGUUGAGCUCCAAGGAUGUGAGAGUUCGCAGCCUCUGGGGGAGAAGAGAGGGGAGGGGUGGAAUAUCUGGCAGGGGGUCAGGAGGGGUUGUCCGAACCUGAAAACUGCCUCCUUCCUGGGAGACACCCGGGGCCUCUCUGACCCUUCCCAAGAGAAAAACCACUUUAGUGGGUUGAAGCGGUUUGAGGCCAGGGGACGACCGCUGCUUUUGGGGCCCGGCUCUGCCACAGCCCCCCUCCUCACAAAAGAGGCCUGGAGGUUCCAAGGUUCUCCACCCUAAAUAAUGUGUCUCCAACACGAGACGCAUUAUGGAAGGUUUGUGGCCGGCUGCCCAUUCUUGGACACAGCAGCACUGAGCCUGAUCCAGAUAUUUGGCCCCUGCUCUGAUGCGUGUUUGCCCCUGGCAGGCCUUGGCUGUAAGUGACCAUUUUCCCGUGGAGGUGACCCUGAAAUCCACCUGAGCCCUCCAGGCCCAGCCAGCCCGUCCAAAGAAGCCGCUCCGGUUCCCUCGGAGCUCAGCACAGCUCCCUUCACAGGCAGAACCUCGGCAGGCUCUCUUUCUGACACAGCGGAAGCUUAAAUAAUAAAAAGAUCAACUGCAUUCAAAGGCCUUUAUGGAUUUGAUGAGCGACGGCAAAGUGCCAAAAGAGAAGCAUUCACGGAGAACAAAUGAGCACUUGGAG